GCGGGGGCGGGCGACUUCCUCCGCCGCUACCUGGCGGCCCGUGGUGCAGAUCGCACGGCCACCUUGGCACUUAUGGCGCCCACGGCGGAGCGCUUCGCCGAGAUCAUCAUCGACCCGCUUGGGCCCGGCUUCGUCGCGACCGGGGGGGAUGAGUUCAAGCUGACCCCGGCAGAGCUGCCCACCGCCAGGGCAGUCCUCACCCACAUGUGGGAAGAGCUGGCUCCGGCUCCGGCGGCCUACAACGACCGCCUCGUGGACGGGCGACCGAGGGCCUUUCCUACCCGCCGCCUGGCUGGGGCGGAGGAGGUGCUCGCCAGGAUCCACUGGGAGCACACCGUCAGCUUUGCAUACUCGCCGUUGGGGUUGGGCGAGAUCCUAUCUCAGAGGACGUGGACCGCCGCCAACGAGCUGAACCCCCUCGCCGCCGGGCGCCGCGAUUCGGCUGCUUCCGCCGCCCUCCACCUCGUGGGCGGCAGCCUGGUGGCCGAAGAGAAGCGCCCGUGGCAGCCCAAGUCCGUCAUCGCCAUUUGCGACGGGCUAGAGGCCGUCAAGUGGGCCUGGAUACUCGUCCAACUGGGCGCCGAAGAGGACACCGUGAGGCUCCGAUAG